GGAGGGGGGGGGCGUCCCAAACACUGUCAGCGAGGAGCCGGGCAGCGGCGGCGGGUAUCUGCAAAGAAACAAUGGCGACAGAAUCUCCGCGCCGCCCUAGUCGAUGUACUGGAGGAGUGGUGGUUCGCCCACAAGCUGUCACGGAACAGUCAUACAUGGAAAGUGUUGUUACGUUUCUUCAAGAUGUUGUGCCACAGGCCUACAGUGGUACCCCACCAGCAGAAGAAAAGGAGAAGAUCAUUUGGGUCAGAUUUGAAAAUGCAGAUUUAAACGAUACAUCAAGAAAUAUGGAGUUUCAUGAAAUACAUAGCACUGGGAAUGAACCACCCUUACUGCUAAUGAUCGGAUACAGUGAUGGAAUGCAAGUCUGGAGCAUACCUAUCAGUGGGGAAGCUCAGGAACUCUUUUCUGUCCGCCAUGGUCCAGUUCGAGCUGCACGGAUUUUACCAGCUCCACAAAUCAGUGCUCAGAAAUGUGAUAAUUUUUCUGAGAAGCGGCCUCUUCUUGGUGUGUGCAAAAGCAUUGGAUCUUCUGGCACAAGCCCACCUUACUGCUGUGUGGACCUUUAUUCUUUGCGAACAGGAGAGAUGGUCAAGUCCAUACAGUUCAAAACUCCUAUUUAUGAUCUGCAUUGCAAUAAAAGGAUACUUGUUGUAGUCCUACAAGAGAAAAUUGCCGCCUUUGACAGCUGUACUUUCACCAAAAAAUUCUUCGUUACAAGCUGCUAUCCUUGUCCAGGGCCAAACAUGAAUCCUAUUGCUCUUGGAAGCCGUUGGCUUGCUUAUGCAGAAAAUAAGCUGAUCCGAUGCCAUCAAUCCCGUGGUGGAGCCUGUGGAGACAACAUUCAGUCUUACACUGCCACAGUCAUUAGUGCUGCCAAAACAAUAAAGACUGGACUUACAAUGGUUGGGAAAGUAGUCACGCAGCUGACAGGGACUCUGCCUUCAGGAGCAACUGAAGAAGAAAUUUUAGCUCAUAGCAACAUUCGUCGAAGUCCCCUGGUGCCUGGAAUCAUCACUAUCAUUGAUACAGACACAGUCGCAGAAGGGCAGGUACUUGUCAGUGAGGACUCUGAUAGUGAUGGUAUUGUGGCCCACUUCCCCGCACAUGAAAAGCCUAUUUGCUGCAUGGCUUUUAACCCUAGUGGGAUGUUGCUGGUCACUACUGACACGUUAGGCCAUGAUUUCCAUGUUUUUCAAAUACUGACACAUCCUUGGUCAUCAUCACAAAGUGCCGUCCAUCAUUUGUAUACACUUCACAGGGGAGAGACUGAAGCCAAAGUACAGGAUAUCUCCUUCAGCCACGACUGUCGUUGGGUUGUGGUCAGCACGCUUCGUGGCACUUCCCAUGUUUUCCCUAUCAACCCUUACGGCGGCCAGCCCUGUGUUCGAACACACAUGUCGCCCCGGGUGGUAAAUCGCAUGAGCCGGUUCCAGAAGAGUGCGGGGUUGGAAGAGAUCGAGCAAGAGCUGACAUCUAAGCAAGGAGGACGCUGUAGCCCUGUUCCAGGCCUCUCAAGCAGCCCGUCUGGCUCACCGCUCCAUGGUAAAUUGAACAGCCAAGACACUUACAAUAACUUCACAAACAAUAAUCCUGGGAACCCUCGACUCCUGCCUCUUCCAAGUUUGACUGUGGUGUUGCCUCUCGCUCAAAUCAAACAGCCAAUGACAUUAGGGACCAUCACCAAACGCACAGGACCUUACCUGUUUGGAGCAGGAUGUUUUUCCAUAAAAGCUCCAUGCAAAUCCAAACCAGCUCCGCAGAUUUCACCCAGUAAGUCUGUGGGAGGAGAGUUUUGUGUCGCUGCAGUCUUUGGAUCAUCACGGUCAUGGUUUGCAAACAACCCUGGUCUGAAAAGAGAAAAAGAUCAAUCAAAACAGUUUGUAGUGGAGUCGUUGUAUAUUAUCAGUUGUUAUGGUAGCCUGGUGGAGCACGUAUUGGAACCACGUCCGCUCAGCACUGCUCCGAAGAUUAGCGAUGACACACCUUUGGAAAUGAUGACAUGCCCAAGAGCCAGCUGGACUUUGGUUAGAACUCCUCAGUGGAAUGAACUCCAACCACCAUUUAAUGCGAACCAUCCACUGCUCCUGGCUGCAGACGCCGUACAGUACUACCAGUAUCUUCUUGCUGGCUUGGUUCCACCAGGGAGCCCUGGGCCGAUCACUCGACAUGAGUCGUAUGACAGCUUAGCAUCUGACCACAGCGGGCAAGAGGAUGAAGAGUGGCUGUCACAGGUUGAAAUAGUGACUCACACUGGGCCUCAUCGACGCCUAUGGAUGGGCCCACAGUUCCAGUUCAAAACAAUCCAUCCCUCAGGCCAAACUACCAUAAUUUCAUCCAGUUCUUCAGUGCUGCAGUCGCAUGGUCCAAGUGAUACCCCGCAGCCUCUUCUGGACUUUGAUACAGAUGAUCUUGAUCUCAACAGUCUCAGAAUUCAGCCAGUUCGUUCAGAACCUGUUAGCAUGCCGGGGUCAUCACGUCCAGUUCCUGAUCGCAGAGGAGUCUCAACAGUGAUUGAUGCUACCUCAGAGUGGCCACUAGCACAGACGACUUGAACUUGUAUCACCCGCAAACUGACAACGCUGGAGCCACCAGUUUGUCAUUAUCCCUGCUAGAGUAUCUGAUUUAAUUUUGUGACAGUGGAUUAAUUCUUAAAAUUGCAGUGCUUUUUGCUCGUUAAUGGUCAGUAAAUGAUUCGAGGGGGGAGGGGGGAAGGGAGGGGAAUGGAAUUCAUCAGUUUUGUAGUCGUUUUAAUUCUUCUAGUUUUAAGUUGUUCUAUAAAUAUGUCUUUAUGGAUGUAGUUUUACUAGCUUAAAAACAUCUAAUUGGAAACAGUUGCUUAAAUCUCUUUGGAUCAAGAAGGCAGUAAUAAGCAAAGAGAGUAUCUUAUCCCUACAAUCCAGAAAUGCUUAGUGACUGGUAUACUUGGUGCAUGUGUAAUCAGCUUCUUGUUUCAUCUAAAAACCUUAGCUCUUUUGGUGUGAUUUAGUACUUCACCAGCAGCAUGGUUUUUCUUGUCUCUGAGAUUAUCAACUGGUGAAACAAAAUAUAAGGCAAAAUGGCAUAACAUACAAAAAAUAUUUUUUAAAAUAUUUAAUUAAUUUAUGUCAUCUUUUAGUGUGUAUAAUGUGUUCUGGAAUAUCACCAGGCUUCUGAGAAAAAAAGCAUUAGAUUUGCCUUCUUGUAAAUUAACGUUUUGUUGCACAUUAUGUAAUGUUAUGACUCAAGGUUUGCAUCAGGCAGGACUGAUCUCUGCUAUUUUGUAAGGUACCCAGCAGAUGAACCCGUAGCUCUUAGAUGAGAUCAGCCUGCGCAUUUACUUAUUGACGCUGCUUGUGAUUCCAAAACCAAUGAGCUCCAAGGGAUAAAAACUUGGACAUGCAUACCUUUGCUUUCUGAAAUAGCUAAAUUCUAUGGGUUUGGGUUUGGUGAGGGGGUUGUUGCUGUGAUUUGGGUUUGGUUCCUUAUCAGCUGUUUGUUUAAUGUCAGAAACUUAGGUCCUUUCUAGCUUAUGAGAUGUAAUGACUGUAGAUCCCAUGCACGAUACUGAGAUACUUCGGUUAUUUGAAACCCUCUAGCUUAUGUUGGUAAUACAUUUAAAGAAAAAUUAUUGAUGAUCACUCUAGUUGUUGGCCUUUUUUUAAAGGCUUACACCUGCAUCCCUCUGGCUUGAAGCAUAGUACCAUUUUCCAAAGUGAUCCUCAGAAAGUGUCCUACCAAACCUCAGAAGUCUAGAAAUGAUACGUGGCUCAUUUCCAAUCUGGGGAGCAAGGAAAAGAAAGCCAGUCUGUGCUGGUGGAGAGGGAAUGCAAAACCACAAAUCUUUCUCCCUGCAAGUGGGAAGUGAAACACGUUCACGUACACAAUCCUCAGUGAUUAUUUCUUUGAACACCUGUGUUCAUUCGUAUGGCUAGGACUGUUCACAUGGGGUCAGUUAUCACAUCUCAUUCAGAGUCAUAAUUAAUGGUAAUUUCAUAAAUGUCAAGUAUUCAUUUAGCUGUGCCCUAGAUUGCAUGCAUCUUAUUCCUUCUUGUUUAAACUGGCAAACUGUGAUACGGACUUUCAUGGGAAACCUACAUUGCUCAGAAAGUUUUGUCAUUUUCCUUUUUUAUUGAUUUUAUUUCUAGAUGUUAAAUAGCUUCAUAGCACUUUAUUAAUCUGAAGUAUGAAAAAGUUGUGGUAGCAUCAUGUCUCAGAGCAUGGGCAGUUUGAAUGGGCUGCCUUCCCACAAUAGGAAGGAGCACACACUUGGGCAGCUACAGCAUCUUACUCUGUCUUCAGGAUUUAAAACACAGUGAGAGUUCAACCCCUGAAAUUCUUCUUUUGAGUUUUCUGAUAAGCAAGUAGCACUUCACACAAGCCCAUUGUUAAAAAUCACUUGCUGUUUGGUGGUUUAAGAAAUACAUAAGUGUAUUCUGCCCAUCUAAAAGCCAUCUGUUACAAAAAAUAAUCAAACCUCCUUUUUUCUUGUACAUUUGUGUCAUUCUGUGAAUCAGAAGCAUUUUAUAUACUAAGGGCAAUGUGCUUUGCUUUUGGAAUUCCUGAGUUUCACUAAAACCCUGGGGCAUAGUUGGUUCAGGAGACCUGAGGUGACCUGUAAAUGGGAGCUGCUGUGUGUCCCUUUGCUGCUUAGCAAGAUCAUUUUAAAAAGAAAGUGAAAUACAGUGUCGAGAUACAAUAUGAUAACAUUUUAAUCCAAAGAGAAAAGCAGUAUUUUUAUAGUAGUUGACCUCUUGGAAAGCACAUUCAGACAUUAUUUCUCAAUAGCUUUCCUCUGAGAGGAAGAUGGGCAGUUUCCUCAUUUGUCAGUGAACAAAUUUGAGACAGAAAAAACAAAUUAGGUGACUUUCCUGAACCCAAAGAAACUCCUUAUGCAAGCAGGACGAGAGCUGAAGAGUUCCUAUACAGCAUUGGCAGGCACACGGCUUUGAACGCUGAGCUCUCUCUGCAGGCAGGAAAGGUGUAGGAGAAAGUAGUAUUUUUUUUGCAGAUUGUUUUGCUUAUGAGAAUGUGCUGCCUCGUGUGUGAACCAGCCUUUCCACUCUUCCAGGACUUCAAAUAAAGUCUUAGUUUUUCUCCUAAAUCCCAGUGAUUGACUGUCUAUAAACACACUGACAGUCUUAAAAAUAAUGAUGAGAAACCUGCUCACCGUGCGUGUGUGUGUUAUGUCCAACAGAAAGAUGUUAACACUUUGUUUAAGCAGCUGGGCUGCCGUCUUACUGGGCUUCCCUUCUUUGGGCUUCCCCAGCCUUCUCGUGGGAUCUCUUCUUUCAGUUUAAGGCGGCUUAAAAUUAAUUAAGAAUCUUUAUGGGCAUUGUCGUGAAGUUGGAUUAAUUUUUAAAAUCUGAACUAUUUCAACCUCUCCUGUAGAGGAGGUGUGAAUCUCUUUCCUCUUUGUUUCUCUGUGGAUGCAGUAAGAUAAUAACCCUCCCCUGCCUCUGCACUGCAAAGUCGUGUCUGUUCAGAGCAGCACAUCCCCGGGGCAGCGUAGCACCGAAUGCAGCCGGAGCUCUUGCAGUGAAAAUUAUCACAAGUGCGAGGGCUUAUUUUACUGCACCGCUUCUGAUGAUGCUUUUUUUUGGAAUUGCAGAAGGGUUGGCAAGAGCAUUAUCCUUUGCACAAGCCGAGGUUCAAACCUGGAGUUCUGGGUCAAGAUGGCAAUGCCUCUAAAAGAAACAAGAGUUUAAUUUCUUUAGGGGAAGGCGGGCUUCUUGCCUGCUAGUAAAAUACCCAGCACCAGGUUUUAGGUUAGCCGCCAAACCAGCCGCUCUCGGCUACUCUGCUCCCUGGUCGUGAAGCAAGUGUUGCUCUUCACGGGCAAAGGUGCAACCGUAUCUCCCAGAUGCUGGAAGCCUGGGACCGUGGGCUUCGAGGCCAGUGAUGUCCAGGUCCCUCCCCACACUCGAAUAUUUCAGCUAAGCCCCCUGCUGCCUGCCUCCUACGGGGGAUCGUUAGGAGCCAGAGGGGAUGGCACGGCCCUUCUCUGCCUGAGCGCACGCAGACGGCUGCGGAAAACUUAGGACUGUUGGAAGUUUUUAUAUUUUUGAAGAAUACACUCGGCUGUUCAGUUGUGCUAAAUCCGAGGGACAGAAGUUUCACACGCUGUCGCUUGGAGAAAGGUGGUUUGUGCGCGGCUUUCCCUGCGCUGCUGGCGGCUGCGCCUGCUGCGGGGCAGCCACGGCCUGCAGAAUAAAGGCGAGCGCUAAAAGGGACGGCAAAGUAGCUCUUCAAGUGCCCCUGCUUCUCCUCGAUGCUUCCUCUGUGCUGCUGUUUCGUCGCCUCCUUGUACUUCUGAUGGAAGAAAAAUUGCCGUGCUUUACUGCCGGUGGGGCGUUGGGCGGAGGGCUGCUGCUAGCUUGUGUUGAUUGUGUGAGAUGCAAAAUUAAGUUCUUGCAUCAGUUGGGAAUUUUGUGGAAUUUUCUGCCAUUUGACAGUGUUUCCAGAUGGAAAGGAGCAAUUUGUUUCUGUACAGUGCAAUUUUCAUUUACUUUGAAUGAGUUGGAGGCUGGGGGGGCGGGUCUGGUGUUUUGUUUUCAGUAGCAUGAAGACAGAUGUUCUUUCCACUGGACGAUCUGGAAACUUUUUCUCCUCCCGCAGUUCUGUUAUAGGUGUGCGUCUUCUGAACAAAGACAAAUUCCACUGGAAGUGUUAUAAAGUUAGUUGCAUUUUUACUUAUUCUAACGAUUCCUUAUUUUUCUAGCACGGUAGGUUAGAAAUGUGUUAAAGCUAGUGGUAAAGUAAUUUAUGAAGGGCAGAUGGAGUUCAAAAGGUUCAAAUAUACAAGUUCAGUUCCAGCAUCAUUUGGAUCUUCACACCUCAGUGUCCCAGUAGAGAAACUGGAUACUAAGUUUUUACAGUUUCUACUGUAAAAACUGAGCCCUCCAGAACUUUUAGGAACUAAUGGAUUUUGCAGAAAUGAUUUGACUACCCUGGAUGUCCAUUAGCUAUUUUGCUUUUAUGUCUUUGCUGGAAACAUAAAUGGCUUUUACUUGCGCUUUUUUUUACUAGUUAUAUGUUUGCAAAGAUGUCUUUUGUAUUACAGUAGCCGGUAGGAAAAAAAGUGAUGUACUCAAAAAUUGUAGGAGCAUUUAAUCAUAGUAUAUCCUAACUAGAAUUUAAACUGUGUGUUGUCAAGAAAGUUUCCAUCUGUAGCAUACCAAUCCCAAGCUGAAUACAUGCAGUUUUAAUCUUCUGA